AUGUCUGCCAACGCACAGCCCGUUUUCGUCCUCGCCCCUGGCGCCUGGCACACGCCCGACUGCUACCAGCUCGUGCAGGACAAGCUGCACGCCCAGGGUUGGGAGACUCGGACCGUGGCGUUCCCGUCCGUAGGAGCCGAGCCCCCGACCAAGGGCGCACUCGACGAUGCCGCCGCCGUCCGUGCCGAGGUCCAGGCUCUCGCGGACCAGGGCCGACAGGUAAUCUUGGUCGGCCACUCAUACGGAGGCUUUGUCAUCUGCGAGGCUUCCAAGGGCCUGGGAUACAAGCAGCGCAAGGCUGAGGGCAAGGAGGGCGGUAUCGUGCUGCUGGUCUUCCUGUGUGCCUUCGUCGUGCCCAAGGGCCUCAGCGGCGAGCGCGUCUACGCCCGCACACCCGAGGAGAUCUUCUACCACGACGUCAACGAGGAGCUCACCAAGGGCGCCGUCUCCAGGCUGCAGCACCAGUCGGCCCAGGUGUUCCGGGACGAGGCCACCUACCAGGCGUGGGAGGACAUCGAGAGCAUGUACUUCUUCUGCGACGACGACCGCGCGCUGCUGCCCUUAAUCCAGAAGCAGAUGGCGCCCGUUUUCGGCGCCAACGCCAUCACAUGGGCCACCAAGGGCUCGCACUCGCCCUUCCUCGCCGAGCCCGACAACGUCGUCGCCGGCCUGCUGCACGGUGCCACGGAGGCUCAGAAGCGGAUUUAG